AUGUCUCUAGCUAGAACCUCUUCAUCCAAAAUAAAAUCCUCAAACACAACUUCACCAAUAAACGAACAAUCGCAAGAAUCCAAAAGAUCUUUUCCAUCAUCCUCUAUUCCGGUGCAAAUUGCUUUCGAGGAACCAUCCGAGUAUGUGAAACUAAUAAGUUCGGAUGGUUUCGAGUUUAUCAUUGCUCGGCAGGCAGCAUUGUGUAGUGGGACUAUAAAAAACAUGUUAUCAAGUCCCGGUCAAUUUCAGGAAUCCGAAAGAAAUGAAAUUAAUUUUCGAGAUAUAAAAGCAGUUAUUCUAGAAAAAGUAUGCCAAUACUUGUACUACAAAGUAAAAUAUACAGAUUCCACAAAUGAUAUACCAAAUUUUGAUAUUGACCCACAGAUGGGAUUGGAAUUGUUAAUGGCGGCGGAUUUUCUAGACUGUUAA